UCCUGCAUGUGAGGCGUGUGAGUGUGUUCAGCUUUGUAAAUACAUUGAUGUUAGCCAGAGAAGAGUGUAAAAAUGGUUCGUAAAUUAAAGCACCAUGAACAGAAGCUGUUGAAGAAGGUGGACUUUAUCAACUGGGAGGUGGACAACAACCUACAGGAAGUCAAAGUGCUGCGGAGGUUUCACCUCGAGAAGAGGGAGGACUACACCAAAUAUAACAAGCUGAGUCGUAACAUCAGAGAUCUGGCCCAGAAAAUCAGAGACCUGGAUGAGAAAGAUGGCUUCAGAGCUCAGAGUACACACCGAGUACUGGAGAAACUUUACAGCAUCGGACUCAUCCCAACCAAACAGAAUCUGUCACUCACAGAGAAAGUCACAGCAUCUUCAUUCUGCAGGAGGAGGUUGCCCAGCAUCAUGCUGAACCUACGUAUGGCUCAGAACCUGAAGACAGCCAUCACCUUCAUUGAACAAGGACAUGUGCGUGUGGGUCCUGAGAUUGUCACAGAUCCAGCAUUUCUAGUCACCAGAAAUAUGGAGGAUUUUGUUACUUGGGUGGACUCCUCGAAGAUCAAACAGCAUGUCAUGAAUUAUAAUGACGAGAGAGACGACUUUGAUCUGGUGGCAUAAAUCUGCUGCCUAAUGUCCAUCUGACACGCUGGAGGGCAGGAACAAAGACUUACCUUUUUACUCUUAACAUCAAAAUAAACAAAAGGAGGGAUUCUGCACCCCAAGAGUCAUCAGUUGAAAUUUUCUACAAACUUGGAAAUUGUGGCAAGAAAAUGUGUUCUCACCACUAUCAAAAACUGAGGUUUCAGUGGAGCAAGGAGGAAAAAGACUAUACAUCCAGAUUCUCCAUCAAUCAGUUUAAAUUGCAGCAAGUUAUCAAUUAACAUUAAGAUUUUCCAGUUUUAACAAUUACACCAAAGCUCAAAAUCAAAGCACCUCUCUGAUGCAGUCAGAAUGUGCAACUGGGAUCUCAUUUACUGACUGUUAAUUGGAUAUGAUAUAAUAAAAUAAAAUCUAAAAAUACCACAGCAGAAUAAAAUAUGAAAUGCUGGGUGACAGUGGCCAUCAUCAUCAUCAUCAUCACACUUGUAGUUGAACUGAACAGAGUUGUGUAUGUGUGACUGUUCCUUCUCAUGUAGUUAUUGCUCUGGAUAAUGUGUUAUUUGUGUGAACAUGACUUCAUUGGAUUAUUAUGUGUGUGUGAGACCAGGGAAGUGCUGGUAUAUGUAAAGAGAGACUGUCAUUACUGAUGUUAAAACCAUGUGAUGUUUUCCAUGCAUACUUCUGUAAAAUAGAUGACAAUUUGAUAAAUAUUUAAUAUUUUCAUCAAUAAGACUUACAAUUCUGUAAACUUUGCGAACAAUAAACAUUUUUUGAAUCACA